AUGUAUAUGGGAAAACAUUUCAUUCAAGUUCGUUCUUCAUCCGUAUCAAAUUCAUAUUCAUUAGCAACAAAAAAAGAUUUACAAACAUACGAAACAAGACAAAAAAGAAAUAAUAUCCUUCAGCUACAUAAAAAAGCGGAGAUGAGAAUCCUUGACAGCACAGCAGAAGCUCAACUUUCGUGUGUCGUUAGCAGCAGAUAA